AUGCAACCAGCUCACGUUCUACUGCGGCUCUGCCUCGUUGUGGUUCUCUACAGCAGAACACUGAGAACCCGACCGUUGGACAGGAACCAGAUGGAGGAGCUCAGACCACCGGACGGCGACGCAGGGUGGAACCGGGGAGCGGAGCGCAGAACUCUGGACGUGAACGCAGGGUGGAACCGAGGAGAGGACCGCAGAACUCUGGACGGCGACGCAGGGUGGAACCGGGGAGAGGAGCGCAGAACUCUGGACGUGAACGCAGGGUGGAACCGGGGAGCGGAGCGCAGAACUCUGAGCUCUCUGGAGGAGGAGACGUUGGAGGAAGAGGAUGUUGAGGACUCGGCAGUGGAGGAGCUGAUGGAGGAGGAGGAGCUGAUGAAGGUGGAGGAGGAGGAGGUGAUGGAGACGUUGGAGGAGGAGGAGGAGCUGGACUGGGAGGCGCGUGUGGAGGCGCGUAUGAAGGAGGAGGUGCUGCGAGCGCUGGAGCUGCCGAGAGCUCCUGAGGAGACGCACAGAGUGACACCGCCCGACUACAUGCUGCAGCUCUACAACACCUACGCCUCUUCUAGUGCUCCUAGUGCUGACGUCAUACGCUCCUACUGUCCAGUGGAUACUGAGCAGACAGAAGGGGAGGAGCUGCUAGCAGCAGCACUGCCGCAGAAGGACCAAUCAUCUCCGCGGCUCCUGGACGAGCGGGAGGUGGCGUGGAGCAGAGGCUCAUGGGAGAUGUUUGAUGUGACGGCGGCGCUGCGCUCGGGGGCGGCGUGUGGGCGUGGGGAGGCGGAGUUUGAGGUGCAGGUGCAGCGGGCGGCGUGUGGGGGCGGAGCCAAGGUGUGUGGGGGCGUGGCCGAGGCGGCGAUGGUGAGCUCCAGCGUGACGGGGAACACGUCGGCCGUCCUCAUCGUGUUCUCCAACGACCAGCGCGGCCGUCGCCACGACGCCCAGCAGGAGCUGCUGCACAUGCUCAGUCAUGAGGACGAGGCCGUCUUCUCCGGAGCCCACGAACCCAGUGACCCCGCCAAUGACCCCCGCGAUGCCCUUGGCGCCCGCAGGAGGAGGAGGCGGCGGCAGGUGAGCAGCGGCAGCGGCGGUUACUGCCGCCGCGCGUCGCUGCGCGUCAGCUUCGAGGACAUCGGCUGGCACGAGUGGAUCGUGGCGCCGCCCGAGUACGAGGCGUACGAGUGCGUGGGCGCGUGCCAGUUCCCGCUCUCCGCCGAGGUCACGCCCUCCAAGCACGCCGUCAUCCAGACGCUGGUGAGCCUGCGCCACCCGGGCAGCGCCAACGCGGCCUGCUGCGUGCCCACCCGACUCGACCCCAUCACCAUCAUGUACCAGGAGAACGGCGUCAUCACCGUGCGACACCUCUACGAGGAGAUGCGCGUGGCCGCCUGCGGCUGCAGGUAGGAGAC